CAAAUCCUUCUGCUACCGCCGGCUGCAGUACCUGAGCUCCAAGUUCCAGAUGCACGUGCUGCUCAACGAGAUGAAGGAGCUGGCGGCCCAGAAGAAGGUGCCCCACCGCGACUUCUACAACAUCCGCAAGGUGGACACCCACAUCCACGCCUCGUCCUGCAUGAACCAGAAGCAUCUCCUGCGCUUCAUCAAGCGGGCCAUGAAGAAGCACCUGGAUGAAAUCGUCCACGUGGAGAAGGGCAAGGAGCAGACGCUCAAGGAGGUCUUCGAGACGAUGAACCUCACCGCCUACGACCUGAGCGUGGACACGCUGGACGUCCACGCGGACCGCAACACCUUCCACCGCUUCGACAAGUUCAACGCCAAGUACAACCCCAUCGGCGAGUCCAUCCUGCGGGAGAUCUUCAUCAAGACGGACAACCGCGUCUCGGGGAAGUACUUCGCCCACAUCAUCAAGGAGGUGAUGUCCGACCUGGAGGAGAGCAAGUACCAAAACGCCGAGCUGCGGCUCUCCAUCUACGGGCGCUCCCGGGACGAGUGGGACAAGCUGGCCCGCUGGGCCGUCACAACCACCGUCCACUCCAACAACGUCCGCUGGCUCGUGCAGGUGCCUCGGCUCUUUGACGUCUACCGGACAAAGAAGCAGUUGGCCAACUUCCAGGAGAUGCUGGAGAACAUCUUCCUGCCCCUCUACGAGGCCACCGUCCACCCCGCCCAACACCCGGAGCUGCACCUCUUCCUGGAGCACGUGGAUGGCUUCGACAGCGUGGAUGAUGAAUCCAAACCAGAGCAUCACAUCUUCAACCUGGACAGCCCCUUGCCGGGCAACUGGGUGGAGGAAGACAACCCACCCUACUCCUACUACCUGUACUACAUGUACGCCAACAUGACGGUGCUCAACCACCUCCGACGGAAGCGAGGCUUCCACACCUUCGUGAAGAAGCUACUGGCGGGUCCCCACUACCUGAAGGAGGGUCCGGAGGGUAACGACAUCCGUCGUACCAAUGUCCCCGACAUCCGCGUCAGCUACCGCUUCGAGACGCUGUGCCAGGAGCUGACCCUCAUCACGCAGGCGGUGCAGAGCGAGGAGCUGGAGACCAUCCAGGAGGAGGACGCUCUCACCAUCACCUCCACCCUGGGCACCCACUGACUCCCCCACCGCGGCUCUUGUCCCCAGCUCCUGCGGGGACCUCGCUGUCACCACCCCGCAUCCCUCCAGGGCUUCGCCGCCGUCCCCCCUCCUGCUACCUCCUGCCCUGGGAAGGGG